GUUGAAAAUAAAAAAACGCAUGAGAUACAGCUCGCUGGUUGUCGCCGCUGCGAGGCUGUUUUCCUCCGGUCCCGCCAAGAACCCAGUCGUGUUUCUGGACAUCGAGGCAGACAGUGAGCCUCUUGGAAGAGUAAUCAUUGAGAUAACGGCGGCAGCGCAUUGGGAGGUAUAAACAUUCAUGAAUUUGAAUGUUAUUUGUAUUAUCUUGCAGUUGAAUGCAGAUGUAGUGCCAAAGACUGCAGAGAACUUCAGAGCACUCUGCAUUGGGGAACAUGGCUUUGGAUUCAAGGGAUCUGUGUUUCACAGGGUCAUACCUGGGUUCAUGUGCCAGGGUGGGGAUUUCACCAAACACAACGGCACAGGGGGGAAAUCUAUAUAUGGGAAUACGUUCAAAGAUGAGAACUUCAAGUUAAAACACACUGGUCCAGGAACUCUUUCAAUGGCAAAUUCAGGACCAAACACCAACGGCUCCCAGUUCUUCAUAUGCACGACUAAAACUGAAUGGCUUGAUGGGAAACACGUGGUGUUUGGGCAGGUGAGGGAAGGUAUGGAUGUGGUCACCAAGAUGGAGUCCUUUGGUUUACAUGACGGCGGUGUGAUCAAGAAAAUUGUCAUCAUUGACUGUGGGGAGAUCAAAUAACACCGGAGAUUACACAUGGACUUCUGUCGGAAGACUCAGUAUGCAACCAUUUACUGCUUACUUUAUCUUUUGCUCUGUAUUCAUUAUACUUUUGAGGAGGAGCUGUUUCCCCUAAAAUCUGUUAUUUUCACAGUUGAUUAUGAUGUUAAUUGAUCCAUGGAUUUAUUUAUAUAUAGAUAUAUUUCUUGCCCAAAAUGAGGUAUGAAAUGUUUAUAUUGUGUGAUUGUUUAUAAAUGAUAUUAAUAAUGGAAAGACUGGGAGUUGCAUUGAUACAUUUUUAUGUUAGUUGUGGCAGAUAUCCUGCUUUCUCUCUUUUUAACUUGGGCCAUCUACUUUGUGUACUUUUCUUUCUUCUUCUACUUUAGUUCUUUGUCAUCCACUUUGUAAAUUGAUGUUAUUGUGUAGUUACUCUCCAUUUACUGCCAAAUAAAUGACCAUUUUCAGAUUUUA